AUGGCGCAAGUUGCAGUGGAUCCGAACGAAGAUACUGAAUUCCAUGACGCCCUCCGCGCGCGUGGAAUCAUCCCUGAGCGUGCGCCGUCACGCGAACCUUCGCCCGAGCUCCCGACCGAGGAAGAGGUGAGGGACGCGGCGCGCAAGCGGGCCACCGUCGAGGACCUCGACGAGGAGCUGGAGGAUGCGGACGAGGACGAGGAGCGUAUUCUGCUGCAGCUGCGUGCCCAGCGCAUGAAGGAGCUGAGUGCGAUGCACACGCAGGCGCGCUUCGGCCGCGUCUACCCCAUCUCGCGCCCGGACUACACGCGCGAAGUGACUGAGGCGAGCAAGGAGCCCUUGCCGGGCGCGGCGGAUGCUGCGGCAGGCACAGGUGUCGUUUGCUUCCUGUACAAGACGGGCCUGGACACGUGCCAGCUGCUUGCGGGCUACCUCGACACGCUAGCCGCGAAGCACCCCGCGACGAAGUUUGUGAGCAUUGUCGGCGACCAGUGUAUUCCGAACUACCCGGACCACAACCUGCCUACGCUGCUGAUCUACCGCGCCGGCGAGCUGCGCCGUCAGAUCGUCGGACUGCGUCCCGAGAUUGGGCUGGACGGGAUGAACACCAAGCUCGGCGACAUUGAGCUGCUGCUUACAGCGACCGGCGCCAUCGACGCCCCGAAGCCGGGCACGGAGAGCAAGCGCGACCAGGCCGAGGCGGACGAGAACGAGCACAAGAGCAUCCGCAACAGCGCGCGUACACAAGAGGAAGAGGACGACGAUCUCGACUGGGACUAG